AGACGAAUAGUCUGUUUAUCGUUCGUCGAUAAAGUACCGCGAAAGAAUUAACCCUCGGUAAAUUACCCUGUGUAAUGUAUCAGAGAUCCGUUUUCUCUUGGUAUUUUACGAUCUCCUUAGUUUUGCUCAAUUUCUACGUAAAACUAGGCCGUAAAAAGGAGACGAUUUUAUAAUUUUCAUCGAUAUUUUAUCUCGCGUAAACGAAUAGUCUGUUUAUCGUUCGUCGAUAAAGUACCGCGAAAGAAGUAAUUCUCGGUAAAUUACCGUGUGUAAUAUAUUUGGAGAUCCGUUUUCCUUAAUUUUGCUCAAUUUCUACGUAAAAGGAUUCGCAUUAACUUCGUAUUAAUUGAUUUAAUAAGGGAGACGUAAUUCUGUUCCCUAUCUAAAUCGACGCGAUCCGAUAACGAACCAGCAAUUAUGGAAAAUCCUCGAUAGACGUAACGCACGGUUUCUGGUUCGCGCGUUAACAUUACAACUGCAUUGUAUUUAGUAUUUACGCGUAAGUUCGAGCGACGCAUUGGAGGUUCGACGACGAGGAAAAGGAGAGGAAAAAAGUUGAAUGAAGAAAGAAGAAUUAAAGAAGAGAGGCAGAGGAUGUUACAAGUUGACAUUAUUACAACAUUGCACGUACGAAAGACGCGCCAAACAAGAGUCAGCGAAGCGAAACGAAAGAGGAAGAAGGAAGGAAAUAAGUAGGUCGUGUCGCGUCGCGUACGAAGGUACGACAAAGAGCAUGCUCUCGGGCGUAAUAACAUUGUCGUUGGCGGUGGCGGCCUUCGCGAGCGCCGAGAGCAUCCUAAUGACCGAGGUGUUCGUCAUUCCAAUCAGGCCAGAGACUUUCGACUGGAGGGAAGACGGACGAUACGAUCAGUUUUCCUAUCAGCCCUCGUUACUGAACGCGCCCGAUCUUCCCUCAUGGAUUCAUUACACGUACAGCAAGCGAGAUCACCAUGGCUUUCUGUACGGCGUCGCGCCAAGGAAUCAGAAAUACUUCCAGUUGGAGAUCGUAGGCCUGAACAAACACACCUACGAAACCAGGUACAAGGUCCUGGACAUGAAGGUGCUCGAAAAGGAGAACCUGACCAAGUACGAGGUCCAUCUGAAGAUCGAUAAUCUGAACGUGGAGGACAUGUUCAACCGCAAUAGAACCGAGCAACUUCUCGAUAUAUUUAGAAAGAAAUUAUGGAAAGACGCGACGGAUUUAUACGCAACGUUCCUAGCAUCAGCAGUCGAGCUGGGUGCUCGUCUGCCGUUGAAACCGAGCGAAGGCGAAGGGGUCGUUAUAAGGCUAGGCAGUUCGAUGCCAUUUUCACAAGAAUUGAACGAACUACAGGAAGAGGUGAAACCUCUAUGGAAAUUACCAUUCUGUCCACGGGACUUCAAACGCACCAGUGUGGAGAGACUGUUCAGGGAAGCUGGAUUUGCCUUGGACUGGUGUUCCUUUAGAUUAGUAAUUAGGAAGGAAGUCGAGCAAGAGCAACAAAGCUUGCAGCAUGAGAGCGCAAGACGUGGACAGAGUAUGAACGUGGUAGGUUUAUCAGCCUCUGGAAUUUCGGAGCACACGGAGUGGCGUUGGGCCAGGUCGACGAAGGCUAGCGUUCCCACGAGAAGCUACUUCAACGAAAUCGUCACCACGAUCUUUGUGCCCACUAUACUUCUUCUCGUGUUGGCUGCUUUGCUCAGCACUGUGCUGUGCCUCAAUCACGAGAAAAUGAACGAUCCCGAAUCCGAAGAUUAUUUCAACGAAUUGUUUAACGUUUUUCUCGCCAGAAACCAAGUAGCCAGGGAAAAGAGAGAGAUCUCGUCAGGGGAAGGAGUUAGCAACAACAACAUACAAAUGGUACAGUAUGCUACCAUCGAAAGGGGUACUUUGAAGUCACUCUCUGCUCAGCCUUCCAGUCCCAACGAUUCUCUAUUACGAAGUCCUAGGAUAUCCAAUGAACGUUGUAAUCCGUAUAUUCGACCAAAUCCACCGCCAUACACAGGACCACCUAAUCUCAUUGGCAUUCGAGCUGAUUUCUGACUACACGAGGAGCCAGCAAAAACGUGGUUUUGCUGAGUGAAUAAGCUUUAAUAUUACAAGCUUUACCGGAUAAAUCGCAAAAUCAUCGAAACUGGCUCCAUUAUUUGAAAAACAAUUGCCGACAGUAGAUAAGUAUUUAGUGGUUGGUAGAAAUAAACUAUUUCUAAUCUUAUGUAAAUUGCAUAAAGAGAGCUAAUUUUCAAUCUCGCAAA